AUGGUUUUUCUAAAGGUAGCAGCUCUGAAGGGUGUUAUGAGAUUCGAGAAGAAGUGGAAGCUAAGUCUACGUUUUGUAGGGCCAUUUGAGAUACUUGAGCGGAUUGGCCCCGCAUCUUACCCUUUGGCGUUGCCUCCCGCAUUUUUUGCAGUUCAUGAUGUAUUCCAUGUCUCUAUGCUGAGGAUGUAUGUAGCAGAUCCGACACAUGUAGUUGACUUUGAGCCAUUGCAAAUAUAUGAGAACUUGAGCUACGAUGAGCAACCUGUUGAGAUUUUGGCAAGAGAGGUCAAGAUGCUUCGUAAUCAAGGAAUUGCACUGGUCAAGGUUCUUUGGCGAAACCACGGAGCUGAAGAGGCCACAUGGGAGAGAGAGGAUGACAUGAGAACCCAGUACCCUGAGCUGUUCGAGGAUUAG